UGGCCCACAACGUCCAUGCCCGCCAUGUACCCAUCUCCCGUUGGUCGCGAUUCCCCUCAUCUACCCACUAUCUCUGAUCCCUCUACUACAUGCCAAAAAACCUUACGCCCACCUAUCCAUAAUCCUUAUGAUAAAUUCUCCCAGUCCGACUUCGACGCGUGGAUUGGUGGCAUCACAACUACACUACGGCAAGCCUUGGGUCAUGAAGACGAAGUUCAAGCGGAAGAGACAGACGACUCAUUGGAUCGUCUUUUGGAGUCUGUUCAGAAACGAGUUAUCGAGGAGGAAGAGCGUGAUUCCCUCCACACCGAAACACGGUACGCGUUCAGAAAAGGCAAAGGACGGGAUCCAGGAGAAGGCCCAGGACUUGGUCCUGGCACUCUGGCUGAACCUAUCGAAUUGGACUCGGACUCGGAUCAAGGGGAAGAGAUCGGAGAACAGAACGAAGACGAAGAUCUUUGGGAAGAGGAGGAAGAUGAAUGGGCCAGCAAACCUCUCAGCUCGGAAGAUGAAGAAAACACUUACAACCAUGGUAAUGCGGGAAGCAGUCCAGAAAGUUCUCAGAUUUCUGGAGAGCCUCACAUAUCAUAUGUGGAAGAGGAACCAGAGGAGGAGAGUGAAGAUGAAGGGGACGAAGAAGAGGAUGGGGAAGGGGACGAGGAUGAGGAUGAGGAAGGGGACGAGGAAGAGGAAGGACAAUCAGAAGACGAGGAAGAUGAAGAACAAAUAGUAGAACUGACAGGACUGUUGCAUGCUGAUUAUUUGGAAGACGAACAUGACGAAGAGGGAGUUCAGGAGGAAGAUUCGCGAGCCGUCCUAAUUACUUCCGACUCCGAAGAAGAAUCCGACGAAAACAAAGGUCCUCAGGGAGAGGUCCCAACCAUUUCGGUUGAUCAUGCAGUUAUCUCACAUCCGGCAGAUGAAGCGGAAGAAGAACGAUUACCUGACGUCAACGCCGCCUUGCCAUACCAGGAUGGAGGUAGUUUUCCCGAACAACCCGUGGACUCGCGGGACCCUUGGGCUGGCCUCCAGACUCAUGCUGAAGAUUUCUAUUCUGGUGGUGAUGUCUUUUCGACUGAUGGUUCAGUGAAUCCCGAUCGCCUCAACGAACUUGAGGAGAGCGACAUAGGAGAAUUCUUGACGCCAGGAAUCGUAACUCCGAAUGAUGGUGACACCCUGAGCGUCGCAUCUGAGUACGCUUCGCGUCCUGGCACGGCCACUUUCCCAACCCGGAGAGCGCUGGCGCGGUACGCGGAACCGGUAGUUAAUUAUGUGGAAGAAGAGGCCGAGGCAGAACGUCCAGGAGCUCGGGAAGAGACGUUUGAAGGAGAGGAUACGGCUCCCCCUCUCCUCGAGUUAGGUACUUACUCACAACCACAUCAGAGUCAACAUCCAGAAGACCAAGAUAUUAGCAUGUUGUACUCUGACGGUGAAGUGGUGGAGAUCACCAUGACUGAAGAACAUACCGAACCUCCAUUAUCAGCUGCAGACCAAGUCAUGAAAGAGAUGACUGAGUUGAAUGCUGCCUCAGGACAUUCAAUCAUACCAAUGGAUACUGAGAUUCCCGAAUACAGUCUAUUUAAGGAUACCCCCCCGAAUACCACGUAUUGGCAAAUAUCAGAAGGUAUCGAAUCGCUUUCGGAUGAAGAUGCUGAGGGCGAGGUAGAUGAGCUUGAGGAAGAGGACACGGAUACCGCUCUGGUCAGGAGGGACUCUGAGGAUGUUAAUCGAAACUUCAGGAAAGACGAAGGACCUGAACAUGAUGGUGUCACAGAGAAGUUGAAGGAAAGUUCACCAACUACGGCGGUUGUUGAAGCCCUAUCAGGCGAGAUGAUUGAGGCUCUUGUAACUCCAUCUCAACAGACCGUCAGUUCACUGGUACAAGAAGAGUCCAUUCACGUAGAGACUUCUGGUCCUUCUUGUCAGAACAGGGUCGAGGAGAUCGAGAAGGGGAAUGUUGCAGACGAUCAAUAUCCCGUUAGUUCUGACGAGACGCAGGCAUCCAGGGCUUCAGAGGAUAAUGCCAUCUCCUUACUGUCAACCACCGCUCCUCCACCCUCGACAUCCGCUCAGCCCGAAGGACCGCCACCCGAAUCGGACAGUUAUCCUCCCUCUACUUCGAUACCUGUCACACCACCUUACCAAUAUUCCUCUCAUCAUACGGAAAGAGUGGAGUGUGAACCUGGCAUGGUGAAUGGCAUUGAAGGCCAACCCCACGUCCUUUCAGAACAAACGUCUGUGGAUGAGAAUUUCGCUACAAAAUUUCCAAGCACUCCUGAAGGGAAGCAAAUACUCCAAUCCCCGGAAGACAGUGAUUCUUACCACCCGCCGUCGAAUGCGCCCCCUCCACCCUUGACAACAUCCUCGCAACCCAGAGGAUCGCCCCCCCAUCUCAACAUUCAUCCCUCUGCAACUGUGCAAACGCAGGCAGCUCCUUCCUUCCCAGGGUAUCCGUUUGCCCUUCCGGCGUUCACACCCUUUCACCAUUACAUUCCACAUGCGUACUUCCAGCAGCCUGCCGUUUACAACCCAUUGGCUGCCACCCCGACGUCCAACAACCGAACACUGUCCACAAGUAAUCCUGCCUCCCCCAUUCAGUCCAUUCAAUCUGCAUACGAACGAAUGUCAAGACGUUAUCCAGUCAGCCCUGGUCCUGGGGAUAAGGUUCCACCAGGUGGUCCCAGUUCUACUACUCUUUCCUCUCAUCCUCCAACCAUACACCCCUACGUUGUACACAAUUACACGACAUCGCAAAACCCCUACAUGACUCUUCUUCGACCAAAUCCGUCAAACUUAAACCUACCCAAUUCCGGUACACCCCACAAUCUCGUUAUGUCAAAUGACCCUUAUCCAGCCAACCUCUCAACCCCUGGUUUAAAUGCAAACGAGGAAGAAACUGACGAAGAGAACCAACUGGACGAGAUUGACCCAUCUUCGUCUUCAUUGACUGAUGGCGAAAGCAGCCGUGGUUCAAAAGCUCGUCUCAACGCCACAAUCACUAUUGACACUCAAUUCGAAUCUGUCCCUCAGACUGCCUCCCCUGACCAUAUUUUCACGCCGCUGAGUGUGGUAAGUCAGAAUUCCACGAAGGGCAUUGCCCAUGCUGUCCCGAAUGGGAGGGAAAAGACACGAGAUACGACCGCAGAGGAGCCAAAAGUCAAUGACACGGACACGGUGGUGACAGUGGACCCCUUCUUGUUGAUGGGCAAUGGAAAACCGGGUGCAGAUAUGAAGACGGUGAAGAACGGUUCAAAACCUCCACCAACAGAAUCGCUGGCAUCGUCCUCUGCUCAUUCUGAACAUGAAAAGACUCCCGGCACGAGAGUUCCGAAACGGAAGCGGAAGUCCACGAAAGACACUGCUCGUAAGUCGCAGGCAGCGCCUGUCGGGAAAGGGAAGAAGCCUCCGCGCGAAAUGUCGUCGAUAAGCAAAGGCAAGGGCAAACAAAAGGAAGUCACCCGACAAACCUCGCAGACCCCAUCGGCGUUGAGCUCAGGAGCUAGCGUAGUGGCCAAGCUGUUAGAUAGUCGCUCAUCGUCUGUGGUUUCUGGAGAUGGUUCUGCACCUACUCAGCCGUCUCCGACUCCUGCUCGCCUAAAGGAAUUUGUCUUCCCGAAGCCUGCGCCAGUGCAACCUAUGCUUCACAAUCAUUCCAGGAAACCGCUUCAACACUCACAUCGACAGCCCAUGUCGUUACAGACACAGAUACAGAAGCGAAGCGCUUCCUUUGGUUCUCCAACAUCCGGUCCCUCUUCGCAGCCAAUUCAGGUUCCCCCCGUACGAUCCGCCAACUCUCCAGUCACUCGUUCCAAUUGUCGAUACCAUAAGAUCAGUCUCCCGGAAAUAGAGGAUGGCCCCAGUAUCUACUUCCUCGUACCUGGAUGCUCUCUUACCGAUAGGGAGCUCAUCAAGGAAGAGGAGAUCAUUGAUCAUGGAGACGCCACUUCUGAAGAUAGCGAACGCAUGGUACCCGAUAUCGAGUCUUUGGACAUCAACGCGUAUGUAAUUGGUAUUAUUAGACUACUGGUUGGCCCCGACAAGGAGCAGGAGGUCUACUUCUUACCCAAACCUGGUGAGGAGCGUGCCCGGAAGUUGGCAGGCCGAAAAAAGUCGACCAUCAUUUGGGGUGAUUCCCAUACUGCAACAGGGCAUCCGCUUUCUCCUCAAACCCCUACUUCUCAACCGUCUUCCUCCCGUGAGACACAGUCGUCAGUCAUGAAUGGCGCGCCGGCAUCCACCAACGGGUCGACAUCCGCAUCCGUGACUCAAGGGAAUCAAAUUGGUUACAUUCGCGGGUCUUCAUCUCCACUGUCCUCAGACUUUACAACUGAUGAAGAGGAGGGAGGUUCCGACACUGCGACUGGACGCAGGAGUCCCAAAGCCGAUGGGAACGAGCAUACCUCCCCUCGGAAGUUGAAACGUGGUAAACAGUUGGGACACGAUGCUGCCGCUUACACGCCUGGCUCUGAUGACAAGGAAACCGAUGACAAAAAGGGAAAUCAGAGAAAGUCACUUUUGAAACGGACCUUAAAGCGGUCACGAACUUCUGAGGCGAACAAGGAGGAGAGUGGUGAUAGGCAAAAUAAAAAGGUGAAAAUAGAUACUUUCCCAACCGGAACAGGUAUUACCCAUCGCCCCCAGCUCGACUAAACCCGAUCUGGCGUCAAGCUCUCAUGUUCAGCCCAGUUUAUGUGAGUCUCCAAAGUCGGAGGCACCGUCCCCACAAAGUCCAUCGGACGUGGAACAACUAUCCUCUCUAAGACAGCAAG